ACAUUCCCAAACCCCACCCAUUCCCCCAACACUGAUCUCUAACUCCUAAUUCCCAAGUUUCUUUUUUUCUUUUUUUUUUUUCUGAUCUCCAUCUCUCCCAUCUAUCUCACAAGCCAUUGCAACUUAAAUUUUAGAUAGAGAGAUGGAGAUGGGUUGUAGUAGCAUAGUGUACACCUUAUCUCUACUAUUCCUUCUUUCCUAUCUCUUCCUCAGGAAGCACAAGAGGAAGCACAAGAGGAAGCCCAAGGAGAUGUUAAAGCUCCCUCCUGGUUCCAUGGGUUGGCCAUAUGUGGGAGAGACACUGCAUCUCUACUCACAGGACCCAAAUCUCUUCUUUGCUGCGAAACAGAAAAGGUUUGGCGAGAUAUUUAAGACCCAUUUGCUCGGUUGCCCAUGCAUCAUGCUGACGAGCCCGGAGGCGGCGCGGUUCGUGCUGGUGAGCCAGGCUCGCCUCUUCAAGCCGACAUACCCGCGCAGCAAGGAGCGGAUGAUCGGCCCGUCGGCCUUGUUCUUUCACCAGGGCGACUACCAUCUCCGGCUAAGGCGGCUUGUGCAGGGCUCGUUGAGCCCCGACGCGCUCCGCGGCCGGGUCUCCGACGUCGAAGCCAUCGUGAUCUCCAUGCUCGACUCAUGGGACGGCCGUGUGGCGAGCACUUUCCAUGCCAUGAAGAAGUUAUCUUUCGAUGUGGGCAUCCUCAUAAUUUUUGGCGGCCGGUUGGACGAGCAUUACAAACUAGAGUUAAAGAAGAACUACUUCAUUGUUGACAAGGGAUACAACUCAUUCCCUAAUAACAUUCCUGGAACUCUUUACAGAAAAGCAAUUCAGGCAAGGAGGCGGCUACACGAUCUUCUGUGCGAGAUCAUGCUCGAGAGGAGGAGGAGGACGACGAAAGCGGUGGAGGAGAGUGAUCUCUUGGGAUGUCUCAUGGAAUCUAAGGAUGAGAAAGGCGAACACCUCACCGACGAUCAAAUCUCCGACAAUAUCAUCGGUGUGCUCUUUGCGGCGCAAGACACCACCGCUAGUGUUCUCACCUGGAUCGUGAAAUACCUCGGCGAUUACCCGAAACUUCUCGAAGCAGUCAAGGAUGAGCAAAUGAGUAUAUACGAAGCUAAUGAGUGUGGAAAGAGACCCUUGACAUGGGCCCAAACAAGAAAAAUGGCAGUAACUCAUAAGGUCAUAUUAGAGAGCUUAAGGAUGGCGAGUAUCAUUUCUUUCACGUUUAGAGAGGCGGUGGCGGAUGUGGAGUACAAAGGGUUCCUUAUCCCAAAGGGGUGGAAAGUGAUGCCUCUCUUCAGGAACAUACAUCACAACCCAGAAUUCUUCCAAGAUCCGCAGAAAUUCGACCCUUCUAGAUUCAGUGUUGCACCCAAACCCAACACAUUCAUGCCGUUCGGGAAUGGCGUUCACGCUUGCCCCGGCAACGAGCUCGCCAAACUUGAAAUAUUCAUCUUCAUCCACCACUUGGUCACCAACUACAGAAAUAUAUAUAUAUAUAUUUUUUGUGCAGGUGGGAGAUUGUCGGAUCCAAUAGUGAGAUUGAGUAUGGUCCUUUUCCUGUCCCCAAGCAUGGCCUCCCUGUUAAGUUGUGGAGAGCAUCAAUCACCACCCUGUCGAAGACAUGUACUUAGACAAAACUUUGCUGGAGCACAUUUUGUGUACAAUUAAUAUCAUUAAUUAGAGUGAUAAUUCCUCAACAACAAGGCAAAGAGGAAUUAUUAUCAUUAGUGUUUUUUUCUUUUCUUUUCCUUUCUUUUCUUUUUGGCUAUAUUUGAAUACGUACUAUCUUCAGUAGAUUAGUUUUUAAUCAACCACGUGGUCUAUCUUAUGCUUAAUUAAGAUCCACUUAUUUGAUUAGGUCAGCUUGUCCCCCAUUAUUGUUGCCUUUUUCCAACAUAUAAUUUAUGUUGGGUAUCAUUGUAACAAAUUAUUAAUGUGCGGGUAAAUUUUUAAA